AUGGUCUCUGCAUACCAAACACCUAGCGGAGGAUCACCGCCAUCAGCAAACAACCCUUGCCUUACAGUACGUUUCGCCGGACUACGCGGCAAAUCCACAUACCCAACUUUUACAUGGCUGUCGUCUAUCGCAUCUCUUCAAAGUAUACCGGUGCAUCUCAGUAAUGCGGCCAACCAGUCAGAUGGGCUACCAAUCGUUGUGUCGUUUGUGGUGUAUAACAUUCCAGGUCGAGACUGCUCCGCAACUGCAUCGUCUGGCCAGAUACCAACUGGGGAUCUUGAACAAUACAAGACCCAAUUCGUUGACGUGGCCGUAUCAUUGCUGAGCAACAAGUCAUCAAACAUCAAACUCGUGCUAAUAAUCGAGCCAGACGCUCUUGCGAACCUCAUCACCAGUGGAUGCAGCGAGUCCGCAACAUAUCCGGCUGCUAUUGCUUACGCUAUAGCCCAAUUCUCGACACUACCAAACACUACCAUUUAUGUUGAUUGCGCUAACGGCGGGUUGCUGGGAUCACCCGUAUAUGAAGGAAAAAUUGCUCCUGUAUAUCAGGAUGUUAUGAAUCUGGCAAAAUCCAUCAAUCCGAAUGCUAGUAUAAGGGGAUUUAGCAGUAACUUGGCGAACUACGAUGCAUUUGAUGGCAAAGGGAUUUGUCCCGCAACAGAGAAAUGUCCAUUGCUUAAUGGAACAUAUAAUGGGAAUCCAAAUAUUGAUGAGAAUUUGUAUACACAGAGCAUUAAUGUUGCUUUUGCUGCUGUUGGACUUCCGACACGGUGGCUUGUUGAUACUAGUCGCUCAGGUCGAAUUGGUGUACGCAAGUCGUGGAGUUCGUGGUGUAAUGUUAAAGGCGCUGGUAUCGGCGAGCGCCCAACAUCCAAUCCUGCAUCGCAAGUCGAUGCAUUUGUGUGGGUAAAGCCACCGGGCAAUAGUGACGGGAGCAGUGUCGCUGGUUCUGCUGGUGCAGAUCCUCACUGUAUACCAAGCAAUUCUUUAGGCGUUGAUGCUCUCAGCAGUGCCCCGACAACUGGCUCGUGGUUUGACAAGGAGUUUGUGAUGCUAGCAGACAAUGCGUCUCCUCCAAUACUGAGCAGUAGCAGUACCAGUACUGCGACAGUUUCUUCAGCCCCUGCUGCGACAGCGGCACAAAGUGGUGCUACGCCUGCAUCAUGUGCCAACGAAAGCAACUGUAACCCCUCAAUGAGUAAUGGAAACUCGACUUCGCACAGUCCUUCCCUAAACUGGUACUAUGCUAUUACAUCUAAACAAAUGUCAAAUCUAAACAACAUCGCAGCACAACCAAUAACAAUCUCAUCAAACGACAAUGACGAUACAUCAUAUGUCGCAGACGACAACCGGCCUAUAGUAGUCGACGAUGACGAAGAUGAUCCUUUCCAACAUGUAGCUGUCAAAGCAAAGGCUGAUGUGGCCAUGGACACGGAUGCUGACCACCCUGUAUCGUCACCUGCAAAUGGCAAGGUAGAUACGGAAUGCUCUAUUUGUAUGGAUAGCUGGACGUCAGGAGGGAAACAUGGAAUCGUGUCGCUGAAAUGUGGACAUCUUUUUGGAAGGGGCUGCAUUGCAGACUGGAUUACAAGAUCAGGAAAGAAGGCUCGUUGUCCAACAUGCAAACGUGCAGCUACCACAAAGGACAUUCGGCCCCUAUUCGCAAAGAAUAUUGUGGCAAUAGAUUCAACAGAACGUGACAGACUCGUGACGGCUCGUGAUGAUGCUAAAUUGGAGGCCGAUUUGGCUAGAAAGGAGAUUGCAAACUUGGAAAAACGACAUGCCAACAUGGUGUUGUUGAAUGCUCAGUUGCAGCGACAAAAUGCUCAACUUCAGCAAAAAUUGAAUUUGGUUAAUAUGGGCAUCGAAAGCGUAGAAGACGAGUCCACUCCUCGUCCCGAAGAAUCAAGAGAGUAUCAGUAUAGUGCAAACACUCCUCUUACGGCAGCGUCUCAGUCAGUGAGAGUGCUGGCAUACCAUCCACAAGAGAAUUUAUUGCUGGUAUCUCGUGGUUCACAGGCGAAUAACCAUGGUCUUCUCAAGAUCAAAAUGGACGAGAGGAAUCGAAGCGAGUAUAUCACGUUGCAUGAGAGUGUUAUUCGUGAUUGUCAGAUCUCGCCGCAUAUACCUGACGUCAUUGCUACAGCAUCGAUGGACAAGUCUAUACGUCUCACAUCCUUACGAACGAAUAAUGAAGUUCAUCGAUUCAAGUGUGAUGCACCACUGUGGUCAUGUGCCUUUUUACCUGCCAGUGAACACUUGUUGUGUGCGGGUCUAAGCACAGGCUCUCUGGUCAUUUACGAUAUACGAUUCCAUGCAAAACCAUACCUCAACCUCAGCAACAGAUCUGAGCUUGGAGGACAAGGUCGAGGUAUUCAUUCACUGCUGGGUCUUGGAAACAAGCUAUUGGGUGCAUCAACCGCUGGUGUAUUUGUUGUGGACGAAUUUGCCAGUAGUCCAGGCAAUGUUCGAUGCUCACGAUUGGAAACGGAAGCUGGUACUUGUACCUCGUUCUCUUACGAUGCUGAGAGUAGCUCAUGUCUCGCUACCUGGAGAUCACCAGCCAAUGUUGGAGGUGGAAUGCGUCACCAAGUGUCUGUCAUGUCUGCUGGAGAAGACGGCCAAACCAAGUUAUCUCGUGAUUAUAUAAUCGAGCUUCAAGGAGCACCAACUUCCAUGACUAGGUCAUGCAUUUUCUCGAGACCACAUCUCGGAAAACCUGUGGUCGUCUGCGCUCGAGAUACUGGAGACAGUGGUAUCACAACGAUGGGAGUCUGGGCAGCACCAGAAAAUACAAGUCUACCACCACGACAAACAGGACAAGAUUGCCAGCUUAACUAUCGGGAGUAUCUCUUGCCAGGCACCAACACUGGUUAUGGCUCUAAUGCUCCGAGCAACACGAUAAUGGACAUUAUUCGAACAAACCAUCCAACAAAGGACACGAUCGUGGCAUUGACACCAUCAAAGCUUCAUUUUCUUCAAUGGAAGUAG